ACCAGUUCCUCCUCUCCGGCGCCCAUUGGUUGGACGAGCCGUCGCUCCAGCUGGAACAGUUUGAGUCGAGCCCCGUCUCUCAAGAAGAAGCAGCAGCAGUCUGGAGAGCGACGGUCCCUCCUUUCUGGGGAGGGGGGGUCCAGCUCUGAGGAAGGAGAAGAUGGAGGUGGAAGUGGAGGAGGAGGUGGUUUGAUGGAAGAAGAUAACGCCUCUCUGGUCAGGACUGACUCCAUGUCUCAGAAAGCGACUCGACACCGGAGGAUGGAGUCGUUGGAGACCAGGAGCUCCAUGGAGUUACCUCCUGAUGUCCUGCUGCAGGUGCCAAACCUUCACCGCUCAGCCAGCAUGCUCAGCUCCAGACCCCCCUCUCUGGGUCACCUCCGGACCCCAGAACACAGCGACUGCAACGGGAAGGGAUCUCCUGCAUCACUGGGUCCCACACAUGUCUCUCUGGAGGACAACACUGAGGACGAGAACGCAGAGGAAGAAGCUAACCUGAGUGUUGUUUCCAGACUGUUCCUCUGGCUGGAGAAGAAGCAGCCUGAUUGGUGCAGACAGAGAGACACCUGGUCAAUGUACCUGUUCCCUCCAGAGUCCAGGUAA